AUGCCUCAUGGAACUCAAAUAUGUAGUAGUGGUGUGCAAUCAAAUGAUCAAGAAUGUGAAACACCACAAUCUUGCACUCAAGGUAGCUUAGAAACUACUAAACUUAGUGAAGAAGUUGCACCUGCACCGAGUGUGAAUACGCAUAAACAAAGGUUCCAACAAAGAGAGGAUGAAGUUCUCAUUCAAACAUGGCUCAACGUUUCAAAGGAUUCAAUUGUAGGGGUUGAUAAAAAAGGAUAUAGUUUUUGGAAGAGGAUCGAUGAAGCUUACAACAAGCAUCGUGACAUUAAUUACAAAGAAAGGAAACUGACGCAACUAAAAGGGCGAUGGCACAAAAUUAAUCCAUCUGUUCAAAAGUUUAUUGGAUGCUACAAACAAGUCAUGUCUACACAACAAAGUGGAAGUUCCGAGAGCAAUAUCAUGCAAGCUGCAUAUAAAAUCUAUUUCCAAGAUGAAAGUGAAAAGUUUACAUUUGAGGCUGCAUGGAGAUUAUUGAAAGAUGAACCUAAAUGGCUCGCAGGUCGUCCAAUCGGUCAAAAGGCAGCCAAAAGGAAUGAGAAAGAAAAGCUUGUGGAAAUGUCUUCUACACCCAAUGUCAAAUAUGAUUCUUUGAAAGAUGACUUAAAAAUGAAAAUUGAUCUGAUGUCAAUGUUUGCACAGGACUAUGCACGCAUUGAGGGUGAAAAACUUGAGAUAGAGAGAAAAAAGGUUGAUGCAAAGAUUAAGAAGGCUGAGAUUGUUGAGGAAAGAUUAAGGAUGAAUGAUUUACAAAUACUCUCAAAAGAUACAUCAAAUAUGGAUGCAAGACAACUACAAGUUCAUGAAAUAUUGUGCGACAUGAUUAGAGAAAAAUAUGGAAUUAAUUAG